AUGGCCGUGAUUGGACAAGCCGAUGGCGCCGCGCUAGAAACUGCCGUUAGGAACGCAUCUUAUCAUUUGGAUGAGUGGCACGCUGCUCUGCCCGAGUACAUGCGGGAUACACCAGGGAAUAUGGCCCGGUACGCUUCCGAAGGGCUAGGCCGAACGUUUGUCGCUCUGCAUAUCGGAUACUACCAUUACGGGCAGCUUCUCUUCUAUCGGUUUCUCCAACAGGACCGUCAUGAGUCAGUGCCGAACACUCAUUUUUAUGCGAACAAGUGUAAGACAUAUGCCGCCAAUCUUUGUGAGCUUCUCUAUACUGCCAAGACCAAUCCGAACUGUGAGGUGCUGUACAGUAUGGUUGGCCACAUUCUGGUGGUCUCGUCCACUGUCCAACUGUAUAUUCUGCUCUUCGGUGUUGACGGUGAGGAUGUUAAGAUUGCGCGGAUACGGCUGGAGCGCAAUUUCGAGAUCUUACAGCAUCUUCGAACCUUCUGGCCCACGUUAGACUUGUGUCUCCUUCGGCUUCGGGCAUUCCACCAGGCCUGCCGGGUCUCAAUGGACACCACGUUCCGGUUGGAUCAAUGGAUGCUUCGAUUCCUGUCCGAGUUCGCCCAUCCCGGUGACGACAAGCUUUCGGAGGCCACUAACCCCAACUCUUCGAGAGUGGAGAAUAGGGAUUUUCGAGAUUUUCUUUGUUGA